AUGCCCACCAAAUUGAUACCAUUUAGGCAAAUGGUUAUGCAACCGUUCUUACAUCAUGCUAUUGCGUAUCACCGGAACCCGAACCCCCGACUGCCUCCACCACCGAAUGCCGCCUCAGUGCCCCGGCCGCCGCCUCAUAACUGCUACAACUGUAGCAGCCCAUACCAUUAUGUAUGGGAGUGUCCUGACUGGGAUAAAGGUCCGCGCUGUUUCAAAUGUGGAGAAUGGGGCCACCGGAGUAAUGAAUGUCCGAAUGAAUACUGGGACUACCAUUCAGGUAAACAUCACCGAAAUAAUCGAAAACCCUUCCGCCCCCGAAAUCCGAGUUUCCGUCCGAGAAACAAUUAUCGCGAUGGUUGCCCGAACCAAUAUUCUAGGAAUAAUAGAAACUAUCGUAAUGAUAGAGGCUAUAAUUCUAAGAAAAAUUGGCAGAUGGAUAGACGAAAGCCCACGAAGCCGUUCUGGAAAAAGAAAGGAACGGGUUAUCAAGGCCAAAAAGAUCCGAAGAAUAAACCACCCCCGAAGAAAGAUCCUAAGAAUGUAACCGAUAAUAAGAAGUAA